AUGAUGAAUUGGUUUCGUGCAUUUUUGAUCUACGAUUUUAAUAUUUCAUCAUUUUACUUGUAAACAAGUAGAGAUAUUGAAUUUGAUAAUGAAUGGUAGGCUCUCCUCAAAGAAAUAAAGCUAUAACUGCAUAAAUAGAAUGUUCUUGAAGAUAAAUUACUGUAAAUGAAAUCAAACUUUGGCGCAAUUAGAGGUAAAUUUGAUAUUUUCAGAAGUAAUACAAGUACUAUUCAUAUUAGAUCGGGUAUUAAUUUUAAUUUCCAACCAACAAGUCCAAGAAAUAUAUUAAAAUGAACUCUUACUCUCAAUUUACUCUCAUCUAUAUGAAAUUAUUCAUUAUUAGACUGUAUUAGUUUUAGUUAUUUCAUAGAUCAAUACAACUGAACUUGAAAUAUAUUAGAAGUAUGAAAUAAAUAGAAUCAUCAAUAAAUAUGAGGAAAGAUUGA